GGCGUGGGCCCCACCUGUCAGCCUCUGGCCCCCGCCUCCACCACCACCUCCUCUCUCUCUAUAGAGGAGAGAGAGAGAAAGCGAGGCGCGCGAGCAGUGUAGAGAGAGAGAGAGAGAGGCGGCGAGAUGGGGGAGGAGGAGGCGGCGGCGGCGGCGGCGAGGGUGGCGGAGCAGGCGAGGGAGCUGCAGGACGCGGCGGCGGGCCUCCUGUCGAGGUCGUCGGCGGAGGAGGAGGCGCUCCGCCGCCGCGCCGCCGCGCUCGGCGCCGAGCUCGCCAGGCUCCGCAAGGCCGCCGCCCACGCCGACAGCGACAAGGUUGAGGAGGACUUGGAUCGAGCGACGUGCCUCAUAAGCGAUGGAGACAUUGCGGCGCUGCUCCCGAGCAAGACACAUGGUACUUUCCUGAAGAUGUUCCUGGGACCAGUAAAUCUGCGGGCACCGAGGAAGGAGGUGCAGCUCAAGGUGAAGGAAGAGUAUAAUAGCUACAGGGAUAGGACUGCAUUGCUUUUUCUUGGUUUCCCAAUGAUUCUGUUGGUACUCCGGUCAUGGUUAUGGAAUGGAUGCUUCCCAGUAUUGCCAGUUCAGCUAUACCAGGCUUGGUUGUUGUUUCUGUAUACAACUUUAGCUCUGCGAGAGAACAUAUUACGAGUUAAUGGAAGUGAUAUCCGUCCUUGGUGGAUGUGCCAUCACUAUUGUGCCAUGCUGAUGUCUCUUAUUAGUCUAACAUGGGAGAUAAAGGGACAACCUGAUUGUUCUCGAAAACAGAGAGGCGUCGAGCUGUUUCUGUGCUGGGCCAUAAUGCAAGGUUUCGCCAUGAUGUUGCAGAACAGAUAUCAACGCCAAAGACUAUAUACUCGGAUUGCUUUAGGAAAGGCUAGAAGAAUGGACGUUGUGUGGGGAGAGACUGCUGGUGUUGAAGGUCAAUUGUUGCUACUAUGCCCUGUCCUCUUUCUGUUGCAGGGUUUUGAGGGUUACGUUGGAUUUUUACUUCUUCGUACUGCUCAUACAGGCAUCGUCCCUGAGUGGCAGGUUGUGGUCUGUGGAGUCCUACUGAUCGCAAUGGCGAUAGGUAAUUUUGCAAAUACAGUGGACACGCUGAUGGCCAAGUCCAGGUUCAAAGCAAAGAAGAGAUCCAGGGGCAAACGGGAUCCUGACACAUGCAACUCACCGACUGGCCUAUCACCAACAAACUCAACUGCCAGAGCUUGAUAUGGAUCCGGGGAAAAAAAUUCUCCAUUCUAUGAACAUUUCCCAUGUUCAAGCAGGGCUUGUUACUACCAUUGUAAAGCAUUAGUUUCUUGGCCACCAGCUCCUAGUCCUGACUGUCUCUGUCAAAGAUCAUACUCAUGUAAUCAGCUGAUGAUUAGGUUGCUGAUGGUCUCAGGUUGAGGUAAUCAAGAAUAAACUGCUCAUGUUUUGUGUAUUUUUUUUCUUUUGUUCUGAACAUCAGCCAUCAGGUGGACUAGAUGAACUUAGGACUGUAACAUGUAGCAAAAUUUUCCCAGUAUAGUUAUUGUGAGAUUUGCAAUGUCAGAACCAAACAUGUGAAGUUGUGCAUUAGCAUGUGGCCUAUCCUGUUCUCUUCU